AUGGCGCACGACACUCCACCAGUGUACGUGUCCAAUACUCGGCAGUUGCAAGGUUUUGUAGCCCUAAAGAAAAUCGAACAACUACGUCUUUGUGUUGAGAUUACGGAGAACAAGGACGACAGAGCAAGAGAGAAGACUAAAACAAACUUCAGUUUUAGCUCAGAAGUAGAAGCGUCAGAAGUUGAGUCCAGAGACGAUAAUUACAGUGGGAGUUACGAUGGUUGCAGUUCGGAGAAGGAAGAAGAGGACAAUGAGAUUGAUUGCUCUAGUAUUGUGGAAGGAGAAAAUCAGAACGUAGGCGGAGAAGAUGAAACGGGCAAAGAAAAGGAAGAAGACGAUGAAUUUGAUAGCCGAUUUGAUAUGUUCGACGACUCGGACGGUGCGUCAUCUGAAGAUGAUAACUUCAGCUCAUACGGUGAGUCUCCUUUAGAAGACGAAGAGUCACCAACGAUACCUCCCAAGAAGAUAUAUCAGAACUUCUCGAUGAGCGGGUCUAAAGAGAGUGAGGAGGUAUUUCUAAGGUUGGAGAUGUCGUCGUUAAAUCUUGCGGUAGGGCAACGAUACGAGAGUAAAGCCGAUUUGGAGAGACGACUGAAACUUCUUACAGUGAAGGAUCGAUUUGAUUAUGAUGUAGACAUAUCAACCCGAACAUUAUUCAUUGUUAAGUGUUGGGUUGAUGGAUGUAUCUGGAGGGUUCGUGCUUCUACCAAAGGGGAAUCCCCGGCGUUCUAUGUUUGUAUUUACGAAUCGAAUCAUACAUGUUCUACAACUGAGCGUUCUAAUCGAUGUCGAAAUGCAACACCAGAUAUUUUAGGAGAGUUGUACAAGAACUUUCUCAGCGACGUUGGUCCAGCCGUUCGCCCUACGAGUGUUGGAAUAGCUAUCACUAAGCAGUUUGGUGUAAAGAUGGAAUAUUGGAAAUCUUACCGGACGCUGAAAUUUGCAAGGGAAAUCGUUCAGGGAACACCUGAGAGUGGGUUUGAACGUUUGCCUUCUUACUUAUACAUGAUAAUAAGGGAAAAUCCGAGUACAGUUGUGCGUCUUCAAAUCGAUGAGAAUGGAAAAUUCAUGUAUGUGUUUCUUGCGUUUGGUGCGAGCGUAAAUGGGUUUCCUUUCAUGCGCAAAGUUGUGGUUGUCGACGGUACGUUUCUUAAUGGUAGAUACAAAGGGACGCUUCUCACAGCACUAGCUCAGGAUGGUAACUUUCAGAUUUUUCCAAUAGCCUUCGCAGUGGUUGACACUGAAAAUGAUGAUUCCUGGUAUUGGUUUUUUACGCAACUAAAACUUUUGAUUCCUGACGACGAGGGUCUUGCGAUAAUCUCGGAUAGGCAUAACUCGAUUGGGAAAGCAAUUACAAAUGUGUAUCCGCUUGCUUCUCGUGGAAUUUGCACGUACCAUCUAUAUAAGAAUAUACUGGGACGGUACAAAGAAAAAGAUGCAUUUCGUCUGGUGAAGAAAGCGGCGAGAUGUUUUAGGAUGUCUGACUUUACUCAGAUUUUCGAGGAGAUUGAAGCGAUUAAUCCAGCACUCCACGGCUACCUCCAAAGGGCUGAUGUCCGACUGUGGACGCAUGUUCAUUUCCCGGGCGAGAGGUACAAUUUGAUGACUACGAACAUAGCAGAAUCAAUGAACAGAGCAUUGUCGAAUGCUAGAGGUCUUAGCAUUGUUCGGAUAUUAGAAUUGAUAUGGGUUAUGAUGACCAGAUGGUUUGCUGAACGAAGAGAGGAUGCCAGAUCGCAGCGAACCACUCUUACUCGUGGUGUGGAGAAACUACUACAUGGUCGUGUAACUGCCGCCAGAGAUUUGGCGGUACAGAGGAUUGAUGAUCAUCACACUGAAGUUAAAUAUGGAUCUUCCGGCGAGUCUUUGCAUGUUGUUAAUUUGGUAGAGCGAAAGUGCACAUGUCGCCGUUUCGAACUCGAGAAAUUACCAUGUGUACACGCAAUCGCAGCGGCGGAGUACAGGAAUGUUUCUCGUAUAUCCCUGUGCAGUCCUUACUAUACCAGCAAUUAUUUGGUUAGCGCAUACGCUGAAUCGGUCAUGCCGGUUGAUUCAGCGCAACCUGUUCCAGAACUCGUGGCUAACCAACGCUGCUUGCCCCCGACUGUACGUCAACCACCAGGCAGACCGAAGAAAAAUAGGAUGAAAUCUGCUUUAGAAGUUGCACUAUCAAAAAAACGUCCUAGGAAAGAGCACACAUGUUCUCGAUGUAGACAGAGUGGUCAUAAUGCGAAAACUUGUCCGAUGUAA